AUGAAAGAGAAGGAGGAGGAUAAGGAGAACAAUGACGGUUUCGACUAUCAAGGCAUGGAUUAUGACUGGGGUGGACAGCGGAAUGACAUCAAUGGAGCGGACGCAACAACCAAAGAACCUGUAGAUGAAGAUAUGGUUGAAAAUACAGAGGUGGUAGAAGAGAAAGAGAGUGAAGAAGACGCUCAGAAGGACGAUAGAGGUUCUGAGGAAGAGACAGAACCUGAACCUGAAGCAGAAGCAGAAGCUGAAGAAGACAAAGAAAAAGAGGAUGAGGAAGAGAGUGAAGAAGAGGCUCAGAAGGAACCUGAUGAGGUUCAAGAUGAGGUUGAGAUGAAUGAAGCCAAUGAGAUUGAAGAAGAGGUUGAAACAGAGGCUCGGGUUGAAGUUGAAACCGAGAAAACUGCUACACCACCACGUGGUAGGACUAAGGCAGCAGCCGCGAGGAGACAAAUCCUAACAACACCAGAGAAGUUGUUCGGAAAGGCUGAAAAAAUGGUGGAGGAAGAGAUGAAAGAACCUGAGGAAGAGGGUGAAAAAAUGGUGGAGGAAGAGGUGAAAGAACCUGAGGAAGAGGGUGAAAAAAUGGUGGAGGAAGAGGUGGAAGAACCUGAGGAAGAGGGUGAAAAAAUGGUGGAGGAAGAAGUGGUAGAGCCUGAGGAAGAGGCUGGAAAAAUGGUGGAGGAAGAGGUGGAAGAACCUGAGGAAGAGGCUGGAAAAAUGGUUGUCUACGAAGGCAGUACUUGUGAAACGAAGGAAGCUGACAAGGGAGCAGCCAAGCCUUCUGGAACUGGGGUCAAGCAUAGGCCAAAACAAAUGGCAUUGAGGAAGCACGCUACUAAGCAGGCUCCUAAGCCGAGGGGUAGACCGAGAAAGGAUACUGAACCAAAGAAGUUCACAACGCCAUAA